GCAGCGCGGCAGUGUAGUUCCCCGGUCGCCCGGCUCCCUCGCCUUAGUCUUGCUGUGUUGUGAUCACGUGGCCAGCUCCGGGCGCGGCGCUUGUUUUGGUUUCCCUCUAGCUUGCCCCUGGCAGCUUCGGAGUGAGCGACUUUCCUGUGCCGGUUGCCACACCUGCCUGCACUGCGACUUUCUCUUCUUGGGGCUCUCUCAGCUCCAAGUUCUGCAAGCCCCUCGGGGCCGGCUCCUGCCAUGCCGUUAGUUCGCUACAGGAAGGUGGUCAUCCUCGGAUACCGUUCUGUAGGGAAGACAUCUUUAGCACAUCAGUUUGUGGAGGGCGAGUUCCUGGAAGACUAUGAUCCUACCGUGGAGAAUACUUACAGCAAGAUAGUGACUGUUGGCAAAGAUGAGUUUCACCUACACCUGGUGGAUACAGCAGGGCAGGAUGAGUACAGCAUUCUGCCCUAUUCAUUCAUCAUUGGGGUCCAUGGUUAUGUGCUUGUGUAUUCUGUCACCUCUCUGCAUAGCUUCCAAGUCAUUGAGAGUCUGUACCAAAAGCUACAUGAAGGCCACGGGAAAACCCGGUUGCCGGUGGUGCUGGUGGGAAACAAGGCCGAUCUCUCUCCAGACAGGGAGGUCCAGGCUGUUGAGGGGAAGAAGCUGGCAGCAUCCUGGGGUGCAACAUUUAUGGAGUCAUCUGCUCGAAAUAAUCAGCUGACUCAAGGCAUUUUCACCAAAGUCAUCCAGGAGAUUGCCCGGGUGGAGAAUUCAUAUGGGCAAGAGCGCCGCUGCCAUCUCAUGUGAGCCCGGAGAUGAGCCCUUGAGCAAGGGGCAGCUGCCUCGAUUCUGCCCCUGGUACUUUCCAAGCUCCAGUGGGGGCUGGUGGGGGCACCCUCAGGACUUCACGGGUUUGUUUGGUUGCCAGCUGUGUCCCUGACCCUCUAGGUACACAGUGAGGUACCCUCAUGUUUGCACACUUACCCAGGCUCCAGUGGCCUGGUUGUCCAUGUUUACAAAGAGGCAAGGAUGUCUCAUGGGCACUGUCCUCUAGCUCUGUUUUUGCUAAAUAAAUGAACUGUGAUAACCUAUGGGGUUGGGAUAUGAGUCCUGGGCAUUGUUUAUUCAGGACCCAGUCUCCUCUGUAGGUUCUGGGUGUUGGCUGGGUGAGGGGAGCUGGGGACUCCUGAAGCGGAGCUGGCUCCCAGGAGUGUAAAUAUGCAAAUGUAAUACAAUGUAAAUAUGCAAAUAAACUGAGAAAUCUUUUUUUAA